AUGGCAGCCUCCAUGCGUCCGUCAGCGCGCGACACCGCCACGCUCGCCGCGCUCCCCUCCUUCAACCUCUUCACCACCUGCUCGAGAGCGUCGCGCCUGGGCUCGCGCUACCUGCAGCACGGCAUGGGCCGCCGCCAGCGCGCCGCACGCGCCCCCGCCGCCCCGCCGGCCCCGCCCGCAGACGGCCAGGAGCUCGACAUUGACGCCUUCUCGCGCUCGCUGCACCCCGCCGCACUCGCCAUCCGCGACGUCAGCAACGACGGAAACUGCUUCUUCCGCGCCGUCUCCGACCAGCUCUUCGGCACCGAGGACUACCACAUCAAGCUCCGCGAGCGCACCUGCGAUUACCUCCUCGCCAACAAGGACCAUUACCAGUUCUUCGUCGACGACGAGCAGAGCUUUGAUGACUACGUCGCCGACAUGCGCACCGACGGUGUAUGGGCCGAUAAUCUUGAACUGCAGGCCGUCUCCAUGGCCUACGAUGUCAACAUAAGGGUCCAUCAAAGUGGCAAGCCCUCGUAUGACAUUCGCAACCACCACGCAAAGAAUGCAAAAGUCAUUCACUUGUCCUACCAUUUCGGAGAGCAUUACGCCUCAGUCCGCCCGCUAGCCACAGCCACUUUGAGCAUACCGGCCCAACACGAUCCUCUUCCCUUACCCCCCCCCUCAUCCUCGCUUUCAUCCAGUUCCACCUCUCUCUCAAGCAGUCAAGAUGGCCCCGCCUCCCCCCGCCGUCCCCGUCACGGAAAUACUCUCGACACCGAUAACGUCGCCGCCAUGUGGAGGAGAGCAGAUCGCAGGCAUUGCGAACUGUGCUCCUUGGUCGACAAGACCCGUAGGGCUGCUCGCACCACCCGUCUUGCCGAGUCAACAAACCAUUCCAUGAGCACGAAGAAAGAAGUCGCCAGAAUUGUCGAGCGCGAUAUGAAGGAAGCCCUGGCGGGCCUGGAGGAGAUUGGUCAGCUCAUCAUGGAUGGCAAGGUCGAACAUCGCAUGCGCAUGCAAAGGCUCUCAAGAGAGCACCGCAACCGAGCUGCUCAAUCUGAAAACCCGGCCGAGACGGAUGACCACCCCACUAGAAACCAUACCGACCCGGCCAAAGAACAAUACAUCCAUCAUGUGCGCACCAAAGCAGAACCUAUCUUCCUAAAACUCGCACAGACGGAGCAGGUCACUCGCGUCGCCCUGCAAAAAUUCAAGUCAGUCACGGCGGAACACCAAGCCCCACGCUCUUCCACUGUCCAUGCUGCACCAAAGCACCACCGCGGCGGCAAGAAGAAAGAGCAGGAUGCCAAGCGCAGGGAAAGGAAAGACCGCCGUCGGAAAGAGCAGGAACAGAUUGCCAGGGCGCUGGACAUUGCAAUCUAGACCUUUGCAACACCACCCCCUUUGCUUGUACCUGCACUAAUACUGUACAGUAUGUAGAGAGUUUCCGCAACACGACUUGUGGAUUAACAGUGGCAACCCGUGUUCCGACUCGGGCUAUACUGUAUAGAAAAAGGAUACCACUAGCCGCUGUUUGCAGGUAGAGUUAGAAAGAAAGAAAAAAAGUUAAAAAUCGUCAUCGUCAUCCCACU